CCCGCAACCGUACUAUACUUCGAGAAAAUGUCAGACCUCCCGACCAUCACUGGCAGCUGUCUUUGCCAGCAGAUCCGAUAUGAACUCUCCGGAGACCCUCAAGUGAGACUCCUUUGUCAUUGCGAUAAUUGCCGCAAAGUCUCGGGAUCCAGCUUCAUGGCGAAUUCCGUAUAUCACGAAAAUCAAUUUCGAAUCGUCUCAGGCGAAGAGAUGUUGAAGAUCUACAAAGACAGCAACAAUUCGUCGGGAAACAUACUAUCUCGGGCAUACUGUUCGAACUGCAGUUCGCCGCUAUUUAUCACCAACUCGGUGUUCAAGGGCAUGCUGACCGUUACCUCUGGCACAAUGGACCUGGGGCUGGCGAAGAGUGAGUGGGCGCCUGAGGUUGAGGUCUUUUGCAAGAGUCGACGGGAGUGGUUGCCCCCAAUAGAGGGUACGACCCAGUGUAACGAGACGGAGAUAUUUCAAAAAUCAUGAUGAAUGGGAGAGAAGCAACAAAGGGAACACUGUCUUUGGAGUUUAGCAAAAAAGUGUCAGAAGGAAUCGGCAACUGGCUUUGCUGAAAGAGAAAGAGAUGGCAUUAUGUCUCAUGCGGCUGCACAAAUAGUUUGAAUGCAUCAUGGAGAACCUAGGAAUGAAUCGAAUGUCUACUAAGAUGGUUUACAAU